UGUACAUGCCAGAACAUUUUACAGAAAGACAGUGGUGUCACGGCCGCCAGCCUCACGUGUGCAGCCUCACGCCAGGCCGCCUGCGUUUCCGGCUGCAUCCCCAUUCCCUGGCUCUGCGAUGGUGAGCAGCAGUGUCCUGACGGCACGGACGAGCACUGCGAUGUUGCCUGUGGUGGGAACCCCCAUGUCUGGCAGUGUGACGAUGGCCGGUGUGUUUCUAGCAGCUGGCGCUGUGAUGGUGCUGCUGACUGCCUGGAUGGCUCUGAUGAGCAGGACUGUGUGUGUGGGACAAAGAAGGUGCAGUGUCCUGGCACCCACCACUGCAUCCCGCACUGGGAGCUGUGUGAUCAGCACCAAGACUGUGAGGAUGGAUGGGAUGAGGAGGGGUGUCCCCAGAAGCCCUGUCUGCCUGGACAGUGGCAGUGCAGGAACAGAGUGUGUAUCAUGGCUGAGUGGAAGUGCAAUGGGAUUGAUGACUGUGGCGAUUCCUCGGAUGAAGAUGUCUGUGCCCCCUGUACACCUGGCAUGGUGCGAUGUGAUGAGGGCAAGUGUAUCCUGGAGUCCCUGAUGUGCGAUAACAAGGAUGACUGCCUGGAUGGCACAGAUGAGCCCAGCACAUGUGGUCGGAGCUGCUUUGUACGCAAUGGGGGUUGUGCGGAGAUGUGUACUGACACGCACUGGGGAGUGCAGUGCUCCUGCGGGGCUGGCUGGGUGCUGCAGGCAGAUGGGCAAAGCUGUGCUGAUGUGGAUGAGUGCUCCCUGGAGUACAGCCCCUGCAGCCAGCUGUGCACCAACACCCUGGGCACUUUCAGCUGCUCCUGUCUCCAGGGCUACACCCUGCAGCAUGGCACCACCUGCGAAGUGGCAGACAACGCAACACAGAUCCUGGUAGCUGUGGGGCAGGACCUGGCCCUUCUGGAUGUACGGACCCAAGCCUACCGGCCCCUGCUCUCCACUGAGACCAAACCCCGUGCCCUGGUGUAUGACCUGCUCCGAGAAACCUACUACUGGCUGACAGAGGAUGGAGAGCUCCGUGUUCACCACCCAGGGAAAGGCACACAGCCUCUCUAUACAGAUGCCAGAGAGGUGAACAGCAUCUCCGUGGACUGGUUCACAGGGCAACUGUACUGGGCCAGCAGCCAUCCUCCAGCCAUCUGUGCAGGGCUGGGUGAUGGCCGGGGUUACCUUACAGUGCUGGGGAAGGACAUUGCACCAGAGCAGCUGAUAGUACAUCCAGCUGCAAGGUCCCUAUACUGGAUCAACCGUGGACAGAGGGGUCGGACAGUCAUUGCUGCAGCCGGCAUGGAUGGCUCAAACCGGCAGGAGCUCACAGUUGUAUCCAUGGAGGAGCCUGUGGGACUGAGCCUGGACCAUGUGGCUGGCAGGCUGUACUGGAUCAGCGAGUACAAAGAGUCCAUCGAGACGCUGCGGGUGGAUGGCAGCGGACGCCACUCCUUCCACGCUGUUUUGCGGGGCCACGUGGAGCCACUGGGCCUGGCCGUGUUUGAGAGCCGGUUCUUCUGGACCGAUGGCACAGAGCUGGUAUCAGCCACCUGGGUCUCUCCCCAGGAGCACACAGUGCUGCUCCGUGCCUCUAUCUCAGCUUUCACCGUGCUGCACGCACUGCAGCAGCCUCCCAGGGACACUGCUGCAUGUGCUCUGGGCCUAUGUAGUCACCUUUGCCUCCUGUCCCCUGUGCACCCUCGGGGCUACAAGUGUGCUUGUCCAGAGGGCCUCUUCCUCCUCCCCUCAGGGAAGUGUGCAGAGCUGUCCAUUGUGUAUGCAUCAGGAAAGGCCAUCUCCCUAGUUCAUGUGGGCCCUGGAGCACAUACCAAACAGGUGCAUCAGUGGCAGGAAUCCCUUCAUCUGCAAGAUGUGGACUGGCAGAGGUCAGUGCUGUAUGGGACAGAUGACCGUGGGACUCUGCUGCGUGUCAUGGGCCACCCUGGCAGGAGAGAGGCCAUUGUGACGGGGCUGCCAGUGUGUUCUGCCCGUGUGGAUGUCCGCUCUGGGGACCUGUACUGGCUUGCAUGUAAUCGGAGGGACAUCGGGGUGAUCCAGACAACUGACAUGUCCCCGCGCAUCCUGCACCAUGCUCGUAGCAGCAUCCAGCACCUCUUCUUGGACUGGCAGCUUGGUGUUCUGUACUGGCUGGGGGGGCCUGAGCUUUUAACAUCCCCUUGCUUCUAG